AUGGAUGCGCUCGUUGUGAAUGAUAUGGAACGAAGCUCGGAACUACGCACUGCAUUCUUAAACUAUUUCAAUAGUCACGGGCAUGAAAUCGUUGCUUCAAGCCCACUUGUGCCUGGAAAUGAUCCUACCUUGUUGUUUACCAAUGCAGGCAUGGUGCAAUUCAAAGAUGUUUUUUUAGGCAAAGAAGCACUUGCAUAUACACGAGCCACAUCAAGCCAGCGAUGUGUGCGUGCAGGAGGGAAACAUAAUGAUUUGGAGAAUGUUGGCUAUACAGCAAGGCACCAUACAUUCUUUGAAAUGUUAGGCAAUUUUAGCUUUGGUGAUUAUUUCAAAACAGAAGCGAUACAUUUUGCUUGGGAAUUUUUAACUAAAGUAGUUAAGUUGCCGGAAGAAAAGUUAUGGAUAACAGUAUUUGAAGAAGAUGAUGAAGCUGCAGAUAUCUGGCUGAAUGAAAUUAAAAUAGAUCCAAAAAAAUUAGCACGUAUUGGAGCAAAAGAUAACUUUUGGUCAAUGGGUGAUACCGGCCCCUGUGGCCCAUGCACUGAAAUAUUUUACGAUCAUGGAGAUAAGGUUUCCGGCGGUCCACCCGGAACACCUGAAGAAGACGGCGACCGCUAUGUUGAAAUUUGGAACUUGGUGUUCAUGCAAUAUGAUCGCGAUAAACAAGGCAAGCUCAACCCAUUACCUAAACCUUCGGUCGAUACGGGUAUGGGUUUAGAGCGUUUAACAGCAGUGAUUCAAGGUGUAACGAAUAAUUACGAUGCAGAUUUAUUUACUGGCAUUAUUCAAACUGCAGCUAAACUAGCAAACAUUAAAGAUACUUCAACUGCUUCAUUACGUGUAAUUGCAGACCAUAUACGUUCAUGUAGUUUCCUGAUUGCUGAUGGCGUGAUCCCUUCAAAUGAAGGCCGAGGUUAUGUGUUGCGACGUAUUAUUCGUCGUGCAGCAAGGCAUGGUAAUAAACUUGGAAUAACCGAACCAUUUUUCUACAAACUCGUUCAGCCCUUGGUGGACAAUAUGGGUGCUGCUUAUUCAGAGUUAUUAGAGCAACAACAACGCAUAGAAAAAGUAUUACUCAAUGAAGAGCAGCGUUUUAAUGAAACACUGCAUCAAGGCAUGAGCAUUUUACAAGAUGAUAUAAACGCCUUAAGUAGCGAUACUAUUUCUGGUGCAACAGUAUUUAAACUGUAUGACACAUAUGGCUUUCCUACAGAUUUAACCGCAGAUGUUGCACGCGAACAUAAGCUUAAAAUCGACCAAGCGGGUUUUGAAAAAGAAAUGGAAGCCCAACGCGAACGAGGACGUCAAGCAAGCCGUUUUGAUGUAGAUUACGAUGCUUCGAUUGAAGUUAAAACACAAUCAGAAUUUACCGGCUAUAACAGCCUUCAAGAUCAAGCGGUUGCAAAAGAACUAUUCGUGAAUAACGAAAGUGUGGGAAAGAUUAAGCAAGGAGAAUCCGGAUUAGUUAUUUUGGAACAUACUCCUUUUUAUGCAGAAUCAGGUGGUCAAGUUGGUGACGUAGGUACUUUGGAUAAUGCUGAUGUUUGUUUUCAAGUAAGUGACACACAAAAACAGGGCGCAGCACAUGCGCAUAUUGGUACGCUUGAAAAAGGUGAAAUUCAAUUAGGUGAUAGUUUGUAUGCAAAUGUGGAUUUUGAUCAUCGGCAAGCAACCGUAUUAAAUCAUUCUGCAACACAUUUAAUGCAUGCUGCACUUCGCAAGGUGUUAGGUACACAUGUGCAACAAAAAGGUUCGUUGGUCGCGCCCGAUCGUUUACGAUUUGAUUUUUCGCAUGAUUCAUCUAUUAGUGAAGAAGAGCUGCAAGAAAUUGAAAAGUUAGUUAAUCAACAAAUUCGUGCAAACACGCCAGCAUCAGCAAAAACCAUGUCUAAAGAUAAAGCGAUGGAAGUAGGCGCCAUGGCGUUAUUUGGUGAAAAAUAUGGUGAUGAAGUGCGUGUGCUUUCUAUAGGUGAAUUUUCUGUAGAACUUUGUGGGGGUACACACGUUGAUCGUGCCGGCGACAUUGGAGUUUUCAAAAUUAUUUCUGAAUCAGGUAUUGCCUCUGGUGUGCGCCGCAUUGAAGCUGCUACUGGUGAUGGCGCGUUGCACUGGAUUAAGGAAAACGAAAUGCAGUUAUCUGAAAUUGCAGAUUCGGUAAAAGCAUCCAAGUUAGAAGUGAAAGAUAAAAUCGUUCAGCUUGUUGAGCGUAAUCGUCAGUUAGAAAAAGAACUUGAUCAGCUUAAAGCAAAACUUGCUUCACAAGCGG